AUGCGAGUUCUCGAAGCGCUUGCCCUCAACAACACUGCUUGUUGGGUUCCCGCGCACUUCUUCCUCUGUUCCUUCCGCCGUGGCUGCAGCGGAGCGGGUUCCGCCGCCGCCAGCAGCAAAACAUCCCAUAGCGGUCAAAUUUCCUCGUACAUCUACCUUCGGGCUGUCGCAUCGUCGCUAGCGUCGUCGUGCAACAUGCUGCCGAGACCACUUCUGACAGCUGCCACCAUGGUGGCGGCGCACGGGUAUCCGGCGUACCGCUGCUUCAAAGCCAUGCAGCGACGCCGACCUGACAUGCACGAGGUCCUCUUCUUCUGCCAGUUCUGGGUGCUACUAUCGCUGCUGGCCCUUUUUGAGGGUCUCGCCGCGCCGCUGCUGGACUGGAUACCGCUGUACCACGAGGCCAAGCUCGCCUUUAUCAUCUACCUCUGGCACCCCUGCACGCAGGGCACAGAGAUUGUGUACGGGUCGAUGCUGCAACCUCUGCUGACCCGCCACGAGCCAAUCAUUGACCGCCACCUGGCACACCUGGAGGAGCGGGGGAGGGACAUGGCUGUGGAAUGUUGGCGUGCUGGCGUGGCAUACACUGGUGCUCGAUUCGAGGAGCUCAUUGCUUACCUGGCGUCCCUGUCAGCACAGGCUGCUGCGUCAGCAGCACUGCGAGGAAUGGACGGGAGUGGGAGGCGGGAGGAAAGGGAGAGGAGGGAGAGCGAAGUUGAGGUCCUGAGGAGUGAGAGGCCGGAUGGAGCAGAGGGUAGGAAGGGAGAGGAGGAGCAGCAGGAGGAGGUGAGGGGGAGGAGGAAGUACCUGCAGCAGUACGGAGGGGAGGCGGUGCAGCUGAGGUCGGCAGUGGGAGUGCAGAAGGGGGGGUAUGAGAGACGGUUGCAGGGAGAGGAGACAGAGGGAACACCCAAUAAUGGGCGGAAAGCAGAGGCGGAGGAGCAGAGGGUGCAGCAGGGGAGCGAGCAGAGGGAGGGGGUGCAGAGGCAGGCAGUGCGGUACAGGAAUGUGGACUCGGAUUCGGAUGGGGACGGUGGGGAGAGCGAUGGGGCGAGUGGUGGGAGUGGAGCGAGCAGUGAGUUCGAGAUGGUGGACGCUGAGAGGGAGUUCAGCACGGGAGCAGCAGCAGAUGAGCGUGCAGCUGCUGCCGCAGCUGGCUCUGCUGGCACAGGGCGAGGUGGUGGAAGUGGGUGGUGGGGGAGUAAGCACCUGGCUGCAGGCCUUGCGGGUCUGGGCCGAGCUUUGAGCCCUUCAAACAGCCAAGCAAGGCAGGCAGCACCACCACCUGCCAUGCUGCACGGCACUCUGCCUCCGGCUGCACUGCUGCCAGCUGGGGUUGCGGGUGGCCAGGGGGGCGGUAGCAUCGAUGCUGCUGCUGCUGGGUUUGAUGACGUGGCACCAGAUCAAGUGGAUGACGUGGCAGCAGCCACAGUGGUGGGGGAGGCUUCGCCUCAUCCGAGUGGGAUCAACCUGCGCCCGCGGCGGUCCCAACGGCCGAAGAAGCAGUUUUAG